AUGACUGACGUUAAACGGAACUACUCAGAUAUUGUAUCACCACCAGUGGACAAUGCCGACCUGGACUCAGGUAACGACCUUAAGAAAUUGCACACCAAACCUGGAAGGAAGCAAAUUGAGACAGAACCCAAAUCAAAGAGAACAGCUCAAAACAGAGCUGCACAAAGAGCUUAUCGUGAGAGAAAGGAACGCAAGAUGCAAGAAUUGGAGGAAAAGGUUAAGAUGUUGGAGGAUGAAAAUGUCAGAGCCACCACUGAAACUGAUUUCUUGCAAGCUCAAGUCAAUAUACUAAAGAAUGAAUUGGCAAAAUACAGAGGAACCACUGAUUUCCUGGAUUUAAAUCUACCCACAACUGUCGGACACUUGAGUCAUCCACAUACUAACAAAGAGUACUCUGCAGCAGCAGCUGCUGCAAGUCAGCAGCAGCAACAACAAGCUAAAGAUCAGAAUGUGGGUAGUGGGAGAGCAAAUAGUGCCAGCUCAAGAAGCUCAGGCUUGGAUAGAGCAUCUUCCAAUUCGUCCAUCUCAACACUGUCACCAAAUUUCUCUUUUGGGUUGCCUUGGUCUAAGGAAAAUCUAAAAUAUUUAAAGCAACAACAAGAAAAACUGCUGCAGGUCCAUCAAACACAUCAAAAGCAACAGAAACAACCUCGUGCAGAUGCUACAAAACCAGCAAGCGACUCUUCAUAUAACACUUGCCCCGAUCUCGUAUCUGGCUCGUCGACCUCUACCACUCCGUUGGACGACAAUAUCUUGGUGUCGCCGGACUCCAAUUCUUCAUCCAUAGGCUCAAAUAGACCAAACAUCAACUUUGCCGAAAAGUUUGAAGAAGAGAUAGACCCAUUUUGUAGCAAAUUGAACGAAGCAUGCGGAACACGCGCAAAUCCUAUUCCUAAACAACAACAACAACAACAACAACAACAACAACAAUAUCAAAAACAACAACAUCUGCACCCUUCCACAAGCUCUAUUCCCGGACAAUCUGUUAAUUCUACAAUGCAUUCGCAGUAUAAUUCGCCGUUGUCGUAUUUGUUACCCUCAUCCACUACUAAUAGUGCUCACAAUGUCAAUACACCACACAAUACCACCUCAAUCGCACCCGAUCAGUCCAAGAACAACUACAUGAAUGAUGCUUUUUUCAACAAUUUAUCAGGAUUGGAUGACCCUGAAUUCAAUUUCAACAUUCUAGAUAAUAAAUACUCAACCGAUGAUCCAUUAAGUUUCCUCAAUGAUAUGAAUGGCACACCUCACACCUCAAAUGAUGGCAACUAUAACAACAGCAUUGUCAACAACAACAACAAUAUACCAAGCUUUGAUGCUGCGUUGGCCUUUGAUGAUUCAUUUAAGCCACAUCAAACAGCCACAUCAGAGAGAGAAAUAGACCCCAUGUCUUUUCUCACUACCGAAGAGUCGAUGUAUGAUUUCACCAACAAGGUUGGAGGACAAAAUGACAUCAAUACAAACUUUAACUUUAACGAUUUCAUUAAGGACUCUAUUCCUGAACGUAAAGACUCCACGCCACGCACUGGUCCAGGUGUAGAGUCUUAUAAUGGUAAUAGUGUUGGUAAUAGUAACAUCAAUAAUGACGAUGAUGAAGAUGACGAGGAAAACGAUAUUGUGCCAGCACCACAACAAACAAUGAAAUGUAGUGAGAUAUGGGACAGAAUUACUUCGCAUCCACGAUACACAGAGUUGGACAUCGAUGGUUUGUGCAGUGAAUUGAAAAGCAAAGCCAAGUGUUCGGAAAAAGGUGUGGUUAUCAAUACUACCGAUGUCAAUGAACUUUUAGGAAAGAGCGCUAAAUAA